GCAGGCUAAAAAGGCUACCAGUAUUCAGCCAAAAAUCAGCUCUCAAGCAGAAAAAGUGUUGCAGAAGAUAAAGGAAUUACAGUCAGAAAUAAAUACUGCUCAGCUGGAACUUGGAAAGAAAGAGAACAGCACCAAGUUUUUCGAUGCAGAAAAUCAAGCCAUGCAUAAACGUCUGCAAACUCUAUCAGAUGCAAAUACUAGAGAAAAGCUACUAUUAAUGGAGGAUGCUACAAAGCUGAAGAAACUUGCUGAGAUUGUCAUUCAGGAUAUUUCACACAAAGAAGCAGAGCUACUAGAAGUCCAGCAAGAGCUACAGAGGGCCAUGAAUUCCACGAAAGAAAAACAGCAUAAUCGCCAUCAUUUGGAAAACGAACUCCACCAGCAGAUUCAACACCACCAGGAUAUGGAAGCAAAGCUUGUGGAAAAUAGAUCAGAAUGUGUAAGAGUGCAGGCGUUGCUCCACCAGCUAGAGAAGAAAUACCUUACUAGCUCCCAGUCCAUGCAGCAGCAUAUUGCUAAAGAACUUCGAGAGGAAGCUGAAAAACUAAGACAGCAGCUCAAAGAAAAAGAACUUUCUGCUGAUGAGGAUAAAUAUUUACGCAACAAAAUGGCAGAAGAUUGUGGAUAUCUGACAAAAGAAAAUGGCUUCUUACAGUCUCAGGUUCUGGAAGCCACCAGGCAACUAGAUAGAGAGAGGCAGCUGAGAGAGGAGGAAAGCACCUGCCGUACAAGGAUUUCUGAGCUAGCCUGUGAAAAGGAGAAAGAACGACAACUUGAGAUGGAGCUCACUUACCUGAAGAGACUAUUGCAGGAUGAAAGACAGAAGGCUCUUACUGCACAAGAGAAGGUACUACGUCUCCAGCAAGAAAGGAAAUCUGUAAAUCUAAAUGGACAGUCACUUCAGAGCCAGCUAAAAGAUUUAGAAAGGAGAUGGUCAAGAGCUCAACUGGAAAAUUCAAAACUGCAAACAGAAAAAACGCAUUUAGUAGAACAUAUUUCUCAGUUACAUAAACAGAUUUCUGAGAAAGAAGAUGAAAUCCGUCGCAUGCAUGGACAUGUUAAUACUAUGUCCUAUGACCUGACUACUCUGAAAUCUCAAGUGGAAACAGAACAUAGCUUGCAGAGAGAAAGAUGGAAAGAGUUCUCCAAUAUUCUAACAGCAUACAAGUCACCUGCUAAAUGAGGUCUAUUUAGGGAAGUAGUUACUGAAAGUGAGCUAACCUAAUCAUUUUAAAAAUGAAACUGAUACUAACAAUUAGUUCCUUAAAUUCCCAUUGUAUAAAAAAAAAAAAGUAAAGUGUCCUGAUGCACCUAUAUAAGGCAUACUGCUCUUCAAGAAUAGUAUUCUGCAUUUCUACAUAGCAAAUGAAACUAAAUCCUAUCAGAAUCACUUGGAACCUGGGGAGAUGGGCUAAAAACACUGAAUGGAGGCAGCAUGCUCAGCCCUUGUGAAGCUGGCUUCAAAUUAAUUAAAAAGCAACCUAUUUGGCCACUUCAAGGAGUGGUAUUUUUGUAAUUGCAAAGGUAGUCCCAUGCAGUCAUCACUCCUGCCCUAACCAAGGUGACAGGCUCUGUCACGAGCAGUAAAGGCUGAUUCCCCACUCCGGCACUUCGAGUGCAGAAGGUGGGGGCCCGCAAGGAAUCUAAAAAUUAAUACUGGCCACUCCAGGUUGGUAUUAAACUCCCAAGGUUACAGCUUCUCCCUGACCUUGGAUGGGUAGAUGCUGCCACCACCCAAAUGCAAAACCCCUUGGAACCCAGGAAGGCACACUUCGGAAUUCCUUCCUGUAGGGUACCCUCAAUCCCUUUUCACCCUGCCUCCAGGGAAGAGCUGAGAAAGAAAAGGGAAAUUAGCUGUUACCCCCAGCUAAUUAAACAACAUAUGCACAAU